GCGGCCUCCCUCCCGCCCCCAGCCACCGAUCUGGCCCCGGCCCUGUCCCGACCCCCGGCCUGGCCCCCUCCGGCCCUGCCUGGCCGAGCGAUCUGCUGGGCACACAGGCGGCCUCCAGAGCAGCGCAAGCCCAUGAGGGCCGCGAGCCCGGGCGCGGGUGCUGACGAGACGGAGCUCCCGGCCCCCGAGGAGGAGCGGAGGAUCAAUGCGGUUCAAGAAUCGGUUCCAGCGCCGUCCCCAUUCCCAGACCUUCAUCACCAGCAGGCCACUUACAGAGCAGACGGGAAUUUCAAAGAAGAAAAUACAUGCAGUCUCCCGACGGGGUUAUUGCUGAGUUGUUUAGGCACUGCCUUUUUUAUAUGUUCAUGAACCAUCGGGCCCCAGCCAAUGGCCGCUACAAACCAACCUGCUAUGAACAUGCUGCUAACUGUUACACACAUGCAUUCCUCAUUGUUCCGGCCAUUGUGGGCAGUGCCCUCCUCCAUCGGUUGUCUGAUGACUGUUGGGAAAAGAUAACAGCAUGGAUUUAUGGAAUGGGCCUUUGUGCCCUCUUCAUCGUUUCCACAGUAUUUCACAUUGUAUCAUGGAAAAAGAGCCACUUAAGGACAGUCGAGCAUUGUUUUCACAUGUGUGAUAGAAUGGUUAUCUAUUUCUUCAUUGCUGCUUCUUAUGCUCCUUGGUUAAAUCUCCGUGAACUUGGACCCCUGGCAUCUCAUAUGCGUUGGUUUAUCUGGCUCAUGGCAGCUGGAGGAACCAUUUAUGUAUUUCUCUACCAUGAAAAGUAUAAGGUGGUUGAGCUCUUUUUCUAUCUCACAAUGGGAUUUUCUCCAGCCUUGGUGGUGACAUCAAUGAAUAACACCGAUGGACUUCAUGAACUUGCCUGUGGAGGCUUAAUUUAUUGCUUGGGAGUUGUGUUCUUCAAGAGUGAUGGCAUCAUUCCAUUUGCCCAUGCCAUCUGGCACCUGUUUGUGGCCACGGCAGCUGCAGUGCAUUACUAUGCCAUUUGGAAAUACCUUUACCGAAGUCCUACAGACUUUAUGCGACAUUUAUGACAGAUCUGUACUAAGUCUCCAAACCAGUAUUAUUCAGUUAUAGCACUUGGGAGUGGGAUAAGAGCUGAAAAUUGCACAAGGGGGAAAAAAAGAAGACAACUGCACUGACUUUCUUCUUAUCUUUUGAAUAUAAUUGCUGUGAAAGUGUAAGAGCUGUGUUCUGGAAUAUCCCCCCGCCCCCCACAGCAAACAAUUAAGGUUGUGAAUUAAUUAUCCAUUCCAUUCCACUAUCAUGAAGGACUCUGGAUAAAACUUGGCCAAUUGAUGUUUACAAACCAGGAUUUUGUAUUUUAAUUUUACAGAUUUUACUACAUAAUUUUUCUAAAUUACUAGGUCAGGUUGUAAAAGUCAGUGCAAUCGCAAAUCUUCCUUUUUAAGAAAAAAAAUGGUUUCUAUCACUUUCCCAUCCACUGUAUAAAGAAUCAUGGACUUACACUACUUUUACCAUGUUUCAUCUUGGCAUAACAUGGUCAUUUUUUAAAUGGAAACUUUAGUUUUUUGUAAAUUUUUAAAAAAAAUAUUUCAUCAAAGUGCAUAUCUGUGGUUCCUCAUUCCUGUUGUGAACUUUUGCAGCAAGCAGUCAACAUUCCACAAGUGAGCAAACAUUAUACCUCUUUGGAUAGUUGUAUUAAGUGGGGAAAUUGCCAAUUUUUAAAAACUGAAGUUUUCCAAACUUUUCUGCCAACUUCUGACUCUGAAUUCAAUGCUGCUUUGGGCCAUAUACUUGACCUAGUUUGGUUUACCAGUGAUGGAAACGUAUUUUGAUACUAACUUUUUCAAAAGAUCCAACUUUUCUCUAUGCCUUUGCCAUGUUUUCUUCAGGGCCUUUGUCAACAGAUGAGUGUUCUAUCUGGAGUAGGAUAGUAUUGUUAGGUUGAUCAUCUGCUGAACACUCCUGAAGAACAGUAUGAAUUACAGUGAAUAAGUUGUAUUGCCUGUUUAGUGCCCAACGGUUAAGUCAUUGUCACUUAGCUUUAUAUUAUCAGUUUGAUAGACAUUUUAAUUGCGGAAAUAGAUACAUAAACUCACAUUCUUACCUUUCCUCUGCAUCUCCCAAUAUACUGUUGUUGUUUUGUUUGUUUUUGUUUUGUUUUGUUUUCAUAGAGAAAUAUUUAAAGCAUUGUUUGACAGAUAGGAACUCAUGUGUGUAGUCCAUGGGUUAUAUCCUGGCUCAGUUGAGUGGUAUUUUUGUAUGAUUUUUUUGUUUGUUUUAGUGUCUUAUAUUAAGAUUAAAAUAUUAAUUGCUUUGUUGUUUAAUCUUUCUGGUUGGUGGUUUAAUAAAUGAAAUAAUCUUGCCCUUAGAUCAGGUGCCAAUAUUGCCCUUUUGCUUGUAAUGGGCUUGAUCAAUGAAAUUGUUGGUUUGACCACAGGAAUAUUUGAAAUUUUGUACUGAUGUGGCUUUAAAAGAAGGUUUACUUUAUGUGUGUAUGUCUAGAACUCUGAUUUUGGUGAGUUACAUGACAAUGGGGAACAUAUGAACUGGUAUUUGCUAGUGAAUUCUCAAGUAGGCAAGGCACCCAAUGGUAACACCCACCAUGCCACCCCUAUCUGCAUGAUUCUAAACAUCUGGAUGCCUGUUGUUUUACUCUGUAUAUUUAAUUUUUAAUAUAUUAGCUUUUUGUGGAUUCAUUUGAAGUCUGCUCAAAAGUAACACUGUUGAAACCACUAAAGUGUAUGUAAAAAUUGUGCUGUAGACUAGAAUAAAAUUGUUACUUGGAUUUGUUCCACUGA